ACAUGUUAAAUUGUAAGAAUGGUUUUGUUACAUGUUGUAUUGAAAUUAUAUGGCAGAAACUCAACUUAACCUGCAAAUAGACUUUUCCUGCUCAUUGCUAGUAUGCUGUAGCUUGAUUUUUAAUUUUUAAAUAGAAACUCAACAAGUCAAGCUGAGCUGCUUCUGAGAUGGAAUGUCAAGGUGAUGCUGUAAUAAAGGUGAGAGCAGAAUGAGUGAAAAAGUUGGAGAUGUUGAAGUCUUGGUGGGUGGAGGCAGCGAUGGUCUUGAUGGAGGCGUUAAUGACUCAACCAGCACAUCAGCAAGCUUGGGGACAUCAGCUCCCUCUUGGCAUAAAGCUAAACUUACUCUGCAGGGGGACCUGCUCUAUGUGACAAUCACCGACCUCGACGACAUCACAACGGGAGGUACAAACGGCUGUGGUUUGGGGGACCCAGAGUCUGGGAGCGCCACCCCUCAUGGAGAGCCUUCGGCCAGUCAAAAGAGAACUGUACGCAUUGUAAAGGCAGACAACAAUGGCCUCGGCAUAUCUAUCAAGGGUGGUCGAGAGAACAAGAUGCCCAUCCUCAUCUCUAAAAUAUUCAAGGGUUUGGCAGCUGAUCAGACGGAGCAACUCUACGUAGGAGACGCGAUCUUGUCCGUGAAUGACGAGGACCUGAGGGAAGCCACGCACGACCAGGCUGUGGGGGCUCUCAAGAGGGCGGGACAGGUCGUCACUCUGCAAGUGAAAUACCUGCGGGAAGUGACUCCAUACUUCCGCAAGGCUUCUGUGCUAGCCGAUGUUGGCUGGGAGUUACAGACCGGAUUCCUCGGAGCCCAGAAUGGAUUUCUUGCAGGCCCAACGACCCCCAACACCAACACUAACAAGAGUACAAACUCUAGCAACUCUGUGAGCUCUGUAGAGAGCGCCGGCACAGCCGCUGCUAAGGAAAAGGAGCGCUCGACUUCCUCGCUCAUCAACAGUCCUGACACGCGCUCCCUUACACUCCUCUUUUGUCACCUCACCAGGAACUACAAGUGUAAAGAGAGCCAUAGCCUGGAACUGCAUUCACCGGACCGACUGCACUCACUCAUAGUUCGCUGCAAGAGUGAGUCUGAGGCGGUGAGUUGGUACAACGCUCUACACACAACGCUGGACAAGCUCUCUGCUGCUGCCAUGCUACACGCUAACCGACAGCUUCAAGAGGUCCUCGAUAAAGCUGCCAUCCACCACCUAGGCUGGAUGAUGCUUGCUAUUGAUCAGAGCACCAACGAGUGGGAGCCUCAGUUCUGUGCUGUGACCGACCACGACCUCAUCCUCUUCCCUGAUGUGCCCUGGACCCGCCCGGCCUGGGCCUCCCCAUUGGUCUUCUACCCUCUGCUCGCCACUCGGGUGGUGAAUUCGACGAGCAAGACAGGCUCGCUGCACCGCAGCAGUGCCGGUGGAGGCGAGAAGUCCUCCACCACCAACACCAACUGCUCCUCGUCCUCCUCCACUCCUUCCAUCACCUCCUCUGACAUCACCAUGACCGUGCGGUGUGGCACCGCUGAAGGCGUGUCCUGCUGUGUGUUCCGUCACGACACCCAGCGAGACCUGGCGCAGUGGGUGCGCGUGUUGGUGCAGGGCGCGCACGCUGCUGUGCACAGGCAGAAGGAAGUCGCCUGCUUUUGCGAGUGGCAGCGAACUGAGUGCAAGCUCGUACUCCACCACGAGGACGGCUUCUUGCUUUAUUCUGCCGCUGCCUCCUGCACUCCUGGCUCCGCUGCUGCUGCAGGAGCCGUAGGAUGCCGGCUCCUCUGGGCACAUCCUUUCCACAAGCUCAGGCUCUCGUGGGACGACGGCGUCAGGAUGCUCUUGCUUAGAUUUGAGGGCGAGAACGACGUAGAACUGGACCUCAAGAGCAACCCCAAGCCGUUCGUCUUCAUACUGCACACUUUCUUGUCGGCCAAGGUACACAGUCAGGGAGCUCAUCUCACGCCCCAGGCCAGCAUUAACACUUCCUAGCCCUGCAUUCGUAUUGCCUAGUCCAGAUGGAACUCGUCACAGCUCCGUGUGAGCUUUUUAUCGCGUGACAUCAGCAGUUAUUAGCUGAUUAUUAGGAGAACUCUCCUUGUCUCAGCCCAGCAAUAGCACUUCCUGACAAACAAUAACCUUAUCGCCGGAAGAUUUUUCUCCAGCAUCACUACACACCUAAACCAAACUAUGAACUUUUUCUUCUUAACUAAAGUGGUUGCCUGCUUUGUUUUUUAUUAUGUUAUCUAUCAAGUUAGUUUCCCUAUCCGGAACAGGUCAUAGUGUUAUAUUCCAUAACCUGAAAUUACGAUUAAUUUUUAUCGUUAUCUAGUUGACUUCUAACUACCUAGAUGUCACCUCUAAUAAUCUGCAUCACUAAUUUAUAAUCGCAGCUCCUCGUCUGGGUUGAAAGUUCCACUACCUGUAUUUGAUUUUCUUCACUCUCAGCCUUGCUUUGUUGAAGGCCCAUUUAUUUGGUUGCUCGUCUGCUUUUUCAUUGUUUUUGUUUCAUACGUUUCCCCGUCACAAUUCCGAUCUCAUUUCUGUCCGGUCUGGAAAACCGUCUGCUUUAUUAAUUUUUUUCAAGAUCUGUCACGGCAGUCGGGUUUUCAAGUCUCAGGGAUUAAUUGAUGAAUCUAAAUCUUCUAAUUGAGGCGAUUUUGCGCACUUUUAAGUCAUAUUUCGACGAAAAUCCGAGACUCAUUCAUUUAGUUUUGCCUUCGCCUUGAUUCUAGAAAAAGCUUUGUUUUCCUUUCCUGCGAAAGCUUUCUAUGUGUUGAUCUGUUGCAGUAGUAUCUGUAAUGAACUUAUAGCAUUAAUUCCGAGCAAAUUUUGCUCCUGAGUUCCUAUUUCGAAAAACAGCAUUUUGUAAGGUGAAAACCCGCUGAUAUCUUCUCAAUAGUUUGUAUGGCAAACGUUUGAGAGAUAAUGGAUUUUGCACAGUAGUUUGAUGUUGUCUUCCAAUGUUGUAAGGCUGUUUCUUUCUAACUUUCUUUUAUGAAUCGCUGGUGAUAUUGCAGAUUCAAUAUUUUACAAACUUCAAUAUUUUACAAAGUUGUUUACAGUAAAUUCGUCAAUUUAUCGGGUCUACGUUGCUAGAUUGAAGCAACAUCUAAUAUUUUUGACUAACACUCUGUGAUGUGGCCCACUGUGAUCAAAACUAUCAGCUGUCACCAUUAUUCUAUGCCAUAGACAUAUCAGUUUGGUGGCUCCCGCUCAGCAAUAACUAUUACUGCGAAGCAGACUCGGAAUUUCUGUAUAUUUUUGAAAUGUCGGUUCGUGGUUGAUGAUUCACAGUUGGAUACGCGCCUAACUCGAUGUGGAUGUUUAGCAUGGCUGUGCAAGAACCCAAAAACUGUUGACUUUGACUGUUCAAAGUUACUCUAAAAUGUUUACUUUAACGUUUUAAACCGUUCACUCACGGAGCUGUGAACACUUCAAACAUUCAAACUAGAAAUGCUGCGUGCGUAUGCUAGCCCUUUAAUAUAUUUAGCGUUUAGCGAUCGCCGGAACAAUGAAAUCAGAAAUAUCUUAUCUGGAUGCAUCCUGACUAAGUCUAGACAACACUACUUUGAACUUCGUAUUUCCUCGUCUGUUGAAAACCAAUCAGGCUCUUGUGAUCCUCGUCGGGCUAAGCAGCAUUUUAUUGUUACCGUAGCUGAUAGGGAAACCUACAGCCGCCCAUGCUACAGUAAAGAUCUGAUGGUUUGAUAUAAGUAGCGCUUAACAAUCUUGCCAUGAGGGUUUGGGAAUCGAUCGGCGCCAGAUGAUAAAUAAUGGCAGAAAAUUAUUUAUCGUAUAGAAAACACCAGUUGAGGGCUCAAUUCUCAACCAGUAUUUUAUGUUGUAACUUGUAAAGUAAUCAGUUUUUACUCAGAAUUUUUUUCCCGGCGGCUGGUAACCGAUAAAUGCCGUCCCAUCUUGUAUUUCUUUUAAUUGAUGGUCAUUUUCCUUGCAGUUCUUCCGCUCAAUAUUUUUUCCUUCCGUUUUAUGACCCUUCAGAAUUUCUCUGUGUAAACUUUGAAAGUCGUUUUCUGUUUGAGCAACAUUUGUCAAAAUAAAUUAACUUACUCCAUUCAAUAUUCAUUUCAAAUAAAUACGAUGAUGAUUAAUACUGCCACUGAUUACAACCGUCUACUAACAACUCCUUCUUUUUACAACCUAUUUUUAUGCCGAUCUCUCUUAAGAUCUAUUAAGUUAGUCAGAGAGAGUCAGAUUUCAAUUUGUAUUUGUUAAUGUAACGCGUGGUUCCUUGAUUCCAUCCAUGCACGGUCCUGAUUUUUUCUCUGAAAUCGUUAGUGAUUUUCUCCCAUGUUGUACCUUACUUGCUUGAUUUGUACGCGUAUUAAGGAAACGUGAACUUAUUGUUAGGCUUCAAAUAGCAGCAAUUGCGCUGGUCUGCAUCUUGCUCGUUUGGUUUGAUGGUUUUAUUAUUUCUCGUUAGUAUACAUGUAUUAUAUUUAUGCAUAAAUCCCUGACGUGACGACGAUAAACGCUCUGUCAUUAGCUGAUAAUCUGGAAAUUGCGCUGAGGAACAUAAGUGCACUGGAGUUGGAUGGCGCUGCUUAUGCUCCACCUCAAUUUGAGUGUUGGGGUCUCCAUCAUAAUGCAGCUGUAUUUUUUAAUGUUUAUAGAUAUUUUAUUAUGAUAUGAUGAUCUGAUCAAAUGAUUGGGUCUUUUAGCGUUGUAUGACCCUAAUAGGUCCUCCCGAUGUGUCAAUAUUUCAUUUAAGACUGGUUGGGAUUCAAUCGCUUCUAACCAUGGGAAGGCUCAUUGUAGGUAAUUAAAUUGAUAUUAUUUUUUACCUCAAAUUUUACUUCACUGAUUAAAGAUGCCUAAGAAUAUAUACCUUAGUUUGGUUGGAUGGUUUCUUUUUUGAUGUGGAUGAUUAUCAAAAUUUAAGUGAAAAUUUCCCCUAUGACAAUCGCAAGAUUUGGAGAGCUGGUCAAAAAUAAUCAUAAGAUGGUAAAGUUUGGAGGUUUCGACUGCUGUGCAAAUAUUGGCAGGGCGUUUACCGUACUAAACAUAUGCAUGUAAUUACUGUGUAUACCUGUAUCUGUAUAGACCAUUGUGUAGUUUGUGUGGCGUACUAGCUGUUUAAUUUAUCAAGUGAUACCUUGCAUGUCGCUCCUGAUCUUUGAGAUUCUCGAAAAUAAGCAUGUGAGUCUCAUGUGAACUCUCUUAUAUGUUGAAAAUAUGUUGUGAAGGAGCUCGAGAUGGCCAACGAUAUUAAACUAAGUCUUGCUUUCUCCUUUAACUUUAGCGUUCGAAAUUCAGGUCGCACUUUUUCUGCGAUCAUCAUAUUCAAUUAAAUCAGCGACUUGGUUUUUUAUUUUUCUUGUUUUAGUUUUGUUCUGUAUUUUUAUCGCACUUACGCCUCGUCAGAGAUUAUUUGUGACUAUUGAGGACCUAUAAUUUGUUUAUUUCUUCGCGAUAAUUGUCGGCUAACCGCUCAUCUAAUCGCUUUUUGAUUAUCAGUUACGAUUAUUAUUGUUCGAAACCUAAAUAUUCAAAUUAGUUUAACUUAAUCUUCGGAAUGUCUCAUCAAAAUUUGAUGCAUGUAUCCAUGCUUUGAAGUUUGUAUUAGUUUCCUCUUAAAAGGUUGAAACAGGAAACCAAUUUUUGUCUAUAAACUCGUUUGUUCAAAAAUUUCGAUAAAAAUAUACAAGCCAAAAUAAACGAAUUUU